AUGGAGGGAGGGAUCCUGAUGGAGAUCAGGCGGGGGACACAGAGCGCGUUGCUGGUUAUCCGCGCGGCGGCGGAGGAUGCAGGCGCGCCGGUGGAGGUGUCGCUGUCGGCGGAUUCCCUGGAAGUGCGGAGCGGCGGGAGCUGCGCUGCGGCGGCGCUGCCGCCAGGGGUCAGCCUGGCGCCGUCCUCGUGCCGCGGGCUGCGCCGCCUCCCCGGGGACGGGCUGCACCUGCGCGUGCGCAUGCGCCGCCCGCCGCCCCCCGCCGAUCUGGCUUUUACUUUGAGGGAAAGCCUGAAACCCCACAAGAAAUACAUCUUUUACUGUCAGUCCUGUGGUGACAUCAUAGUAGAAGAUCGGAAAUUUCUUAGAGUUCUUCCUCUACCGAGUGACAAUUGGAGUGAUUUAGUUGAAGAGUGGUGUUGUCACCCUAACCCCUUUGCCAGAAGCACUUUGCACCCUCAGCAUGAUGACUGUUUUCUUGGAGACACUUUUUUUCUGUUGAAUUCAGGGAAUGAAUCACAUGUGCCUGAAUCUCCCAUGUGCUGCUCAGAGACUGGACACCAUGCUUCUCAGAGUGACUGCAACUUGAAAUCAAAGGAAACUACCAGAGUAAUUUGUAAGCGCUGCAAGACAAUGCUGGGAGAAACAGUAUCAUCAGAUACCAUUAAAUAUUAUGCCACUGAGGUGAUUAUUCAGCCAGCUGAGGGAAGUUUCAGCCCAAUACCAAGGUCUCAAUUUGUGCAGAGCGUGGUUGCUCAGUGUCUUGUGGAGUUAUCCUCUGCUAAAAGCACGUUUAGAUUCACUAUAAAAGGGGAUAAUGGAAAAACCUAUAUUCUGAUAUGGCUUUUAAAUUCUGACACAUUGCUGGUGGAGUCUUUAAGAAGUUCCUCCUCUCUCAGUGUCCUUACACCAUUUGGAGAUACUUUUAUGCCUAGCUCUGGACCAGUGGGGACCUGGAAUGCUGUCAAAGUCCUUUACCAGCCAUGCAUAAAAUGCAGAAAUAAGGACCUUGCUGAUGCAUGGGAAAAUGAUUUGGGAGUUCAUCCUUUGAAGUUUCCAUCAGAAACAUGCUUGGAAUUACUGCUAAUGCUGGGUUUGAGCACUGCAUCUCUUCCACCUUCUCUUCGAUGCAUGAACUCUUUUCAGGUCGCCUUUUUGAAGAUGUGAAGAAUACAGAUACAGUUGAAAACUAUUGUCAAAUUUAUUUUCAGCAGGAAUGUGUACAGAUAACUUCCAAUGGUGUGAAUUCUAGAAAAUAUACACUGGCAAUCCAAAAGAACAUGGAUGUGUGCUGUGUAUUCUUCAUAUCUGAAUGUGUUUCAAAACCAAAGAUGGAGUUGACUUCUGCGUCCAGUACAUUCUUAGAUGUCAUUCUAAGAGUGACUAACCUGUGACUCCUCUGACAUCCAGCUGGGAUAACUGUUAUGAUGUCUUCAUUGCCAAAAGGAAAUUCUCUACCCUUAUCAGUGUUUGAUAGCAAUGUAUAUGUCCUUUGGAAAGUUCACAACUGUAGUAAAUAUUUUAAAAUACUUAAUGUCAUGGACACUAAUGUAAGUUCCUUACCUUCUCUGUUUUGGCGAAGUUAGAGGUCCAGCUUUAAAAGAUAAAAUCUAGUUUUUGUAAAACUUGUAUGUUUCUCACCCAUAUUGUUUCCACAUUGAAGUGUACCUUUCUGCUUGUGAGGGAAGGCAGUUUCUGUAUUUCUACACCAUAUGUAAGUUUUUUUUAAAACUGAUAAUGUUUUGGUUACUGGGAAUAAUCAUUCCUUCAACAAAGAGCCAAGUGUGUGAUGGCUGACCCUGCAGAAACUGCUGGAGGUGAAAGAUACUUGUAGAAAGUCAAUACAGCUGCUCUAAACUGUUGUUCUCUGUUGUGGGUGCUCAGCUGCCUUCCAUGGGAGUGAUAGCAUAUUUACAUGGGACACAGAAGCUGUUGUCAUUUUUGGUUUUGGAAUGAAUUAUUUACUUAGUUGACAGCAAGUUUUGCCUUCCUUUGUCCAGGGGAACAGGAUGGCCUACGUUCAUGGGCCAAAGAUCAGAAAAGAAGUCUUCUGGAAUUUUUGCCUCAAUUCCUGCUUGUUGGGAUGGACUGCUCUUGAGCUAGAAGGAGGUGGUCCUUUAGUAUCAACCAUCUCUCUUAUCCCAGAUAUCACAGACCCUUUGGACCUUUUUGGAAAACAGCAAUAUUUUGGGAAAAUGAAUUCUAGAAGGAAUAUUCUUGUUAGAUGAGUUUGAAAAUUUCUGAAUUUCAAGGAAAAUUAACACUCCCUUUACAUAUUGAAUGAUCCUGAUGUAAGAAGUGACCCUACAAAGUGGGGGACACCUGGGUUUUACACAUCCAAAGACAGGUAGCUGAGGCCUCCUGGUCUGGAUAUAUUUUUUUCUGUUAUUAUAUUAGUUUUCAGUAUUAAAGGAUGAACAAAAUUAUUCUGAAUGUUGUAUUCAGUGACUAAGUUAUCUAGCUUCAAGAUAUUUUGUCUAUGCACCAAUGUUUAGUCAUUUUAUGAAUAAAAUAUUUUUUUUCUAAAUUAGUUUACUGUUUGUUCUACCUAAUUUCUGUGACAGUUUCAGCUUCCCAGAGUAUGACUGAGCAAUUUGAAGAGGGAAGUCAUUCACUAUCACACUGAAGUACUCCAACUUUAAAAUCUUUUUAAACCUCUUUAAAUGAUCCCUUUUAUUGUUUUGCAUAUAUGGGGCAAUCUUAGGUUAGGGAAUAUUUGUGCUUUUGAGGUUCAAUCUCUGUCGUGUCCUGCCUCAUUUGGUGUUAUGGCCAUAAAUAAUUAAUCUGCCUCUGGUAAGGUGCAUGGUUCCAGAAUAAUGAGUGCAGACAUUCCAUGGCAAGUAUUUUUUUGGGACAGUGCCUUUCCAGAGGUGAAAGACCAAUCAGCCCAAUCCAGCCUGGUCAGUCUCUCACCUGUAGGAGUUAAUGGCUCCCAUUAUGUUCCUACAAUGGCAGUGCUGCAGCAGGCUCAGGAAGGAAAUCCUGAGAGAGUGCCAAGCCCAGUGUGUACACGUAAAACAUGAAAUUUCUUGGCAGCUUGUCCUCUAUAUGUAUGUUUAAAGCUUUUACUUUUUUUACCCUAUACAUUGGUGAUCAGGGUUUGCCUGGGGUGUAGUUAACAUUCCUCAUAGCAGCAUGUAUGGUGCUGUGGUAUGGAUUUGUGGCUCCAGCAGUGCUGGUAGCACACCAGUGUUUUGACUACAGCUGAACUUUUUCUCAUCUACCCCCUAUGCCCACCUACUCCCAGUAAACUGGCUGAAGCUGGGCAAGAAGUUAGCAGGGACAGCUGACCUGAACUGGCCAGAGAGAUAUUCUGUACCAUACAGCAUCAAGCAUAGCAGAGAAACUGGGGUUAGUGAAAGAAAGGGGAGGAGAGGGGUGUCUUCCAAGGUGUUGGUUGCUCAGAGAAUAGCUGAGCAUCCUUCUG